GCGAGGACUCUCCCCGCUCUCCGGAACUCUGCUGCUGGAACGCGGUUGCUGGCGGUUCCGUGAGAGGCCGGAAGCGGAAGUGCUGGUCCGCGGUGCCCGGGUGGCGUCCAGGUGGCGGCGGCGGCAGCGCCCGCGGAGGGGCGCGCCAUGGAGCACGUGACGGAGGGCUCCUGGGAGUCGCUGCCGAUGCGACUGCACCCGCGGGUGCUGGGUGCCCUGCGGGAGCUGGGCUUCCCGUACAUGACGCCGGUGCAGUCUGCAACCAUCCCUCUGUUCAUGAAAAACAAAGAUGUCGCUGCAGAGGCGGUCACAGGUAGUGGCAAAACGCUCGCUUUUGUCAUCCCCAUCCUGGAAAUUCUUCUGAGAAGGGAAGAGAAGUUAAAAAAGAAUCAGGUUGGGGCGAUCAUCAUCACACCCACACGGGAGCUGGCUAUUCAGAUAGAUGAAGUCCUGGCGCAUUUUAUGAAGCCCUUCCCACAGUUCAGCCAGAUUCUCUGGAUCGGAGGCAGGAAUCCUGGCGAAGAUGUUGCAAGGUUUAAGGAACAAGGCGGGAACAUCAUUGUGGCCACUCCAGGCCGCUUGGAGGACAUGUUCCGGAGGAAGGCAGAGGGCUUGGAUCUGGCCAGCUGUGUGAGGUCCCUCGACGUCCUGGUGUUGGACGAAGCAGACAGACUUCUGGACAUGGGGUUUGAGGCAAGCAUAAACACCAUCCUGGAGUUUUUGCCAAAGCAGAGGAGAACAGGCCUUUUCUCUGCCACUCAGACGCAGGAAGUGGAGAGCCUGGUGCGAGCGGGACUCCGGAACCCUGUCCGGAUUUCGGUGAAGGAGAAGGGCGUAGCGGCCAGCAGCACUCAGAAAACUCCUUCCCGCCUGGAGAACUACUACAUGGUAUGUAAGGCAGAUGAGAAAUUUAAUCAGCUGGUACAUUUUCUCCAAAAUCAUAAACAGGAAAAACACCUAAUCUUCUUCAGCACCUGCGCCUGUGUGGAAUACUAUGGAAAGGCUCUGGAGGCCCUGGUGAAGGGUGUGGAGGUCAUGUGCAUUCACGGGAAGAUGAAAUACAAGCGCGGGAAGAUCUUCAUGGAGUUCCGCAGAUCGCAAAGUGGGAUUUUAGUGUGCACGGAUGUCAUGGCCCGAGGAAUAGACAUUCCUGAAGUAAACUGGGUUUUGCAGUACGACCCUCCCAGCAGCGCGAGCGCCUUUGUGCAUCGCUGUGGCCGUACAGCCCGCAUCGGCCAUGGUGGCAGCGCGCUCGUGUUCCUCCUUCCCAUGGAAGAGUCCUACAUCAAUUUCCUUGAAAUUAACCAAAAAUGCCCCCUGCAGGAGAUGAAACUCCAGAAAAACGUAGGAGACUUCCUUCCAAAGCUCAAGUCCAUGGCCCUGGCCGACAGAGCUGUAUUUGAAAAGGGCAUGAAAGCCUUUGUGUCAUACAUCCAGGCUUAUGCGAAGCAUGAAUGCAACCUCAUCUUCAGAUUAAAGGAUCUUGAUUUUGCUAGCCUUGCUCGAGGGUUUGCCCUGCUGAGGAUGCCCAAGAUGCCGGAGCUGAGAGGAAGGCAGUUUCCAGAUUUUGUGCCUACGGAUAUUAACACAGACACCAUUCCCUUUAAAGAUAAAGUUAGAGAGAAGCAGAGGCAGAAACUACUGGAGCAACGAAGAAAAGAGAAAAGAGAAAAUGAAGGGAGAAAAAAAUUCAUAAAAAAUAAAGCUUGGUCAAAGCAGAAGGCCAAAAAGGAGAAGAAGAAAAAAAUGAAUGAAAAAAGGAGGAGGGAAGAGGGUUCUGAUAUUGAAGAUGAGGACAUGCAGGAACUCCUCAACGACACGAGGCUCUUGAAAAAGUUUAAGAAAGGCAAAAUUACUGAAGAAGAAUUUGAGAAGGGGUUGUUUUCGAGUGGCAAGAGAGCAGUCCCAACAGCAGAUCUGGGGAUCCCUGAUUUGGAAGAGGAUUGCUGACGCCGGCCCCGGGGCACAGCAAGCGCAGGGGGUACAGUGAGCGGGCCCUGCGCCCCGCACAGCGCCCACGUGCUUUCACCGUGUGCCAGACCCACAGCCGGCGUCCAAGAAAGCCAUGUUCACACUGGGGACGGAGGGCAUGCUUCACACUCAUGACUGUUUUAUGAAAACCUGACCGGCGUUUAAGGCCAACAGAAGAGUGUGAGACUGAGUGUAAAUAACAGAAGUCAAUAUUUAUUUUGAUGGGUCACCUCUAAAUUAAAGCUCAUUUUUCUGUGGCUAUUUUAUACUUACUUUCUAACAUAAAGAUACUGAGGUGUACUUGA